CGGUAUGAAAUAUUUGAUCGUUCAACAAUAAAAAAAGUUCCUCUGUUUAAUUGUUAAGAGUAACAUUGAGCUUUCUAGUGCAUUGUCUGUUUCAAUAAAUAUUUUGGUUAUUAAUAUAAUAUUUGAUGUUAAAUUGUAUUGUUCAGAAUUAGAAAUAUAACCUAUAUCAUUAGAUAAUGAAAUAUAAUUUUAGUGAUGGAAGAAGAUGGUGGUAAAAGAAUGAGAGGCAGAACCCGUGGUAGAGCUCGUGGUAGAACACGAGGACGAGCUAGAGGCAGAUCUAAAAAACAAGUAAAGGUCAUUGAAAGUGAUGAAGAAGAUACUCCUCAACAAGUUGAAGAAGCUCCAGCAGAAGGAACUGGUACAGAAUUAGAAGAACAUGAAGCUCCACCAAUACAACAGCUUCCAUUGGAGCAGCAAUUUGACUUGGAAGCUGAUAUAUCACAAUUAGAAGCUCCAACUUUUACAACUAUUAAUAGAGGACCGCCUGAACCCAUGUUACGUUUAAGAUGGGAUCAUAGAGUGAAUCUCAUUGGAGAGAAAGUACUGAAUCCUAUGAUACAUUGCUGUGACAAAUGUUUGAAACCAAUCCUUAUUUAUGGACGUAUGAUACCUUGCAAACAUGUAUUUUGUUUAUCUUGUGCCAAAAGAGAAGACAAAGUUUGUCCUCGUUGUAUGGAAAAAGUUACUAGAGUGGAACAAACUGGUUUAGGUACUGUAUUUAUGUGUACACAUGGAGGUACUAGAUAUGGGAAUGCAGGUUGUAGAAGAACAUAUCUCAGUCAAAGAGAUUUGCAGGCUCAUAUUAAUCAUCGACAUAUAUCAGCUCCACCACAACAAGUUCAAGGAAUGCAAGUUGAUCCUCCUCAAUAUGUGCAUUCCAAGUCUGAUAUAGAAUCUCAAUUAACUAAAGUUUCAUCAGUUGCUAUGCAGAAUACUCGCAUAAAAUCAGUACAAUCCCAUUUGGUCCAACCAAUAAUGGGAAACGAUCCUAGAGUGAAUUCAAUGGUUAAUCAAACUCCAGUCGAGCACAGACAGCAACAUAGACCACAGGCAUUAAUAUCUAUGCAGAAUUAUACUCAAAAUUCUGCACCUCCACCACCAAAUAAUGCUCCAUUAAGAACAAAUCUUAUAACUGUGCCGAUUCAAGAUACAGCUAUAACAACACAUGAUAUGCAUACACAACAAAGUCAUCAUUAUUAUCCUCCUCCACCUCCACAAGUUAAUUACGGAGGAUAUAAUGUGCCACCUCCUGUUUCUCAAACACAACAAUACUAUCCACAACCACAGCAUCCUGCUCAAGUAUCUUACGUGCCACCACCACCACCACAACAACAGCAAUAUGUGUCUUCAACACCAACUUCAAUAAGGCCAUCUCCAACAGGAUAUAUACAAGAUCCAUCAUAUGGUCCACCACCUCCUCAACAACAAGCUCCUCCACCACAGACACAAUGGUCACAGCACCAGCAACAAUUUUAUAGGUAAAGAAACUAUAUGUCCUUAUUGUAAAGAACUGUAUGAUAUAAAUUGUGAUAAAAUUAUUAUGAAAGCGAUGUAUGACAAUUAAAAAUGGUUGUAAAUACCAUUUUUGAAAAUGCACU